CGCGCGCGCCCGUGCCUAAUGAAGUGGCCAGCGAGUGUGUGCGCAUGUGCGUGACCGCGUGUGCGCGUCUUCGCUUCAUUAACUCACAACAAGCAGAGCGGGAUCGGCUCGUGCUCGCGGUCGCCGCGCCCGCGCGCCUCCUGUCCUCCGCCUCGGGAGCGCGCGUGAGUAUCAAGGACAGGCGCGAGCUCGCCAGCAUCAUCAGGUCAUUUGGCGCGGACGCGCACACGCAGACCGGAGGAGAGGUAAACAAAGCCAACAGCGCGGGAGUCAACAGGACGGACGCGCGGCAGGAAGAGAAAAAGAAGCUUCUCCAAGUGGAUGACGACAGGGCGCCCAUCUCAGCCUGUGACGUCACGCCCAACGAGGACUCUUAUUUUGGAAGCAGCGUCCGAAAGAUGGAGGUGCGCUGCACGCUGCUGCUGGCGGUGCUGCACUGCAGCUCGGUGGCGCUGUGUGGCUGCGAGCCGCGGCAGGUCAACGUGGGCGCCGUGCUGAGCCAGAAGCGCUACGAGCAGGUGUUCAAGGACGCCGUCAGCCACGCCAACGCCGUCUACGGCCGCGACAAGUUCAAGAUGAACGCCAUCUCCGUCACGCACAAGCCCAACGCCAUCCAGAUGGCGCUGUCCGUCUGCGAGGACCUCAUCUACAACCAGGUGUACGCCAUCUUGGUGAGCCACCCGCCGCAGUCCAACGACCACCUGACGCCCACGCCCGUCUCCUACACGGCGGGCUUCUACCGCAUCCCCGUGGUGGGCCUGACCACGCGCAUGUCCAUCUACUCCGACAAGAGCAUCCACCUGUCCUUCCUGCGCACCGUGCCGCCGUACUCGCACCAGGCCAACGUCUGGUUCGACCUGAUGAGGGAGUUCCGCUGGAACCACAUCAUCCUCAUCGUCAGCGACGACCACGAAGGACGCGCCGCGCAGAAGAAGCUGGAGACGCUGCUGGAGGAGAAGGAGAGCAAAACUAAAAUCAGGAACUAUGAAAACGUGGACCAACACAACUUUGACUUCAGGAGAACGCCAAAGGCCGAGAAGGUCCUGCUCUUCAACCAGGACACCAACCUGACGGCUCUGCUGCUGGAGGCCAAAGACCUGGAGGCCCGGGUCAUCAUCCUCUCUGCCAGCGAGGACGAAGCGGCGGGCGUCUACAAGGCGGCCCGACAUCUCAACAUGACGGGCUCUGGGUACGUUUGGAUCGUGGGCGAGAGAGAAAUGACCGGAAAGGCUUUGAGUGAAGCUCCAGACGGCCUGCUAGGUCUGCAGCUGAUUAACGGUAAGAACGAGUCGGCCCACAUCAUGGACGCCGUGGCGGUGGUGGCACAGUCGCUACAGGAGCUCUUGGAGAAGGAGAACAUCACGGAGCCACCACGGGGCUGCGUAGGAAACACCAACAUCUGGAGGACGGGGCCCCUCUUCAAAAGGGUGCUGAUGGCGUCAAAGUAUCCUGACGGCCUGACUGGACGAAUCGAGUUUAACGACGAUGGCGACCGGCGCUUCGCUACCUAUAGCAUCCUCAACUACCUGCAGAAACCUGGACGCCUCGUCCCUGUCGGAGUCUUCAACGGAUCACAAGUGGUGAUGAACCCCCAGAAGAAGAUCAUCUGGCCUGGUGGGGAGACAGAGAGGCCAGUAGGUUAUCAGAUGUCAACCAAGCUGAAGAUUGUGACCAUCCACCAGGAGCCCUUUGUGUACGUCAAACCAACAAAGAAUGACGGCACAUGCAAGGAGGAGUACUCGGUUAAUGGCGUACUCAUCAAGAAGGUCAUCUGUACCGGACCCAACGGGACUAUCCCAGGGCAGCCGAUAGUUCCUCAGUGUUGCUAUGGUUUCUGCAUCGACCUUCUCAUCAAGCUGGCCAUGAACAUGAACUUCACCUACGAGGUUCACCUGGUGGCUGACGGCAAAUUUGGCACCCAAGAGCGAGUGAACAACAGUAACAAGAAGGAGUGGAACGGCAUGAUGGGGGAGCUGCUGGGGGGUCUGGCCGACAUGAUCGUGGCCCCCCUCACCAUCAACAACGAGCGCGCUCAGUACAUCGAGUUCUCCAAACCCUUCAAGUAUCAGGGCCUCACCAUCCUCGUUAAGAAGGAAAUCCCCCGCAGCACUUUGGACUCGUUCAUGCAGCCAUUCCAGAGCACCUUGUGGCUCUUAGUCGGCCUGUCGGUCCACGUGGUGGCAGUGAUGCUCUACCUAUUAGACCGCUUCAGCCCAUUUGGAAGGUUUAAAGUCAACAGUGAAGAGGAGGAAGAAGAUGCCCUCACCCUAUCCUCUGCCAUGUGGUUUUCGUGGGGAGUACUCCUCAACUCCGGUAUAGGAGAAGGAGCCCCGCGGAGUUUUUCGGCGAGGAUUCUGGGAAUGGUGUGGGCAGGUUUCGCCAUGAUCAUCGUGGCCUCGUACACCGCCAACCUGGCGGCCUUCCUAGUGCUGGACCGGCCUGAGGAGCGCAUCACUGGCAUCAACGACCCCAGGCUGCGUAACCCGUCGGACAAGUUCAUCUACGCGACGGUGAAGCAGAGCUCGGUGGACAUCUACUUCCGGCGCCAGGUGGAGCUGAGCACCAUGUAUCGCCACAUGGAGAAGCACAACUACGAGAGCGCCGCUGAGGCCAUCCAGGCCGUGCGGGACAACAAGCUGCACGCCUUCAUCUGGGACAGCGCCGUGCUGGAGUUCGAGGCGUCCCAGAAGUGCGACCUGGUGACCACGGGAGAACUCUUCUUCCGCUCGGGCUUCGGGAUCGGAAUGAGGAAGGACAGUCCGUGGAAGCAGAACGUGUCCUUGGCUAUUCUCAGCUCUCACGAGAACGGCUUCAUGGAGGACCUGGACAAGACGUGGGUUCGAUACCAGGAGUGUGACUCCCGCAGUAACGCGCCCGCGACUCUCACCUUUGAGAAUAUGGCAGGUGUGUUCAUGCUGGUGGCGGGGGGCAUCGUGGCGGGCAUCUUCCUCAUCUUCAUCGAGAUCGCCUACAAGCGGCACAAGGACGCCCGCAGGAAGCAGAUGCAGUUGGCCUUCGCUGCCGUCAACGUGUGGAGGAAGAACCUGCAGCCCUACCCCACCGACAUCACCGGACAGAUCAACCUGGCGGACCCCUCCGUCAGCACCGUGGUCUGAACGCCGCCGCCUCAGUCACACACGUGUGCUUUUAUUUUGGUAGCUGUGCUUUCCGUCAUUUAUCGGGAGGGCGGGGCCUGUGGACCAGGAAGUAAACCACAUGUUGUCUAUUUUUUUAUCCAGUCACAUCAGCAAUAAAAAGUCCUCUCAUAUUUCCGGAAAUGUGACCUCGCUUCCAGAAACUAGAUCCAAGGUAUAAACUUGCUGCUCCAUAGGCUCCCCCCCCCCCCCCAGUCCCGUGGCAUGAUGGGACACCACCGAUGAUGUCACCAGAUGUGUAUGAUGUCAUGCUGCCGACCGACGCAAAGCGCUGUCCAUGCUACGUUAGCUUAGCGCGUCAACUUUGUGGUGAAGAUGUAGCAUCAAAGGGGCUAGCAGCUAGUGUUAGCGCCUGCGGCUAGCUUGCUGCGCCAUUACACUGACUUGGGACCAGCCGACGCUAAUUUAUGCUGAGUCCGCAAAGAUCUAGUUUGUUUUUUUGUGCUAAGAGUCUCCGAUUGCAACUGUGCUCCGAAACGCCUCACGGAACCCCAGCGUGUCCACCCGUCCUCCUCUUCCUCAGCAGGCUUUUAUUGUGAAAACCUUGCCUCAGACUUCAUCUUUACAUUUUUACCGGCCGGUCCGACCUUAGACCCGGUCCAACUUUGGACCUUGUCCGACUUGAGACAAGGACUGACUUUAGACCAGGACUAACUUUAGACCAGGACUAACUUUAGACCGGUAGCGCAGAAAGUGAGUCUGGACUGAAGAGUGGUUGCGUUUCGUUGAGGUUCUAAGUCAACUAUUUGAUGUUUUUUAAGGAAGUAUUGCACUGUACAAUAUUGUCAUCAUUAUUAUUAUUAUAUGUGUGUUUUGUACGCUAGGCUAAUCCGCCUACAUUACCCACAAUGCACCUCUCACUGAUCUUUGCUUGCUAGCACCACCUGUUUUAUCUCCAUGCUAAUGUAGCAACGCCUCCCAAGCGGGGCGUUACCGAUGAUGUCAGCAUUUCCUGAUGCUGCUAAUGCUAACGCGCUAAUGCUAAUGCCGCUUUUCCCGCCGUGACGGUACACCUGGCCAGCCAGGUUUCUACUUCCUGUUACGUGUUGUGAUGGACUACCCUUCUUUUCCAAGUCAUCAGUAAAUUCAACAAACUGG